ACCGUCAGAGGUGAGGAGAGUUAAUUUUACAUUGACUCUGCAGCUUGAAUAAGCUGAUGCUCUCCAGGACCAUUACCAGGCAUACAGAUCAGAGCUGGGGAAACCUGGGAGAACAGCUAGAGACAUAUUCCGAGACCGUCAGUGGAAGUCAGAACCUAAUAGCUAAAUGGAGUUGGAUAUUUGUAUUUCAGAGUUUAAAAGACAUUGAGGAGGAUUGGAGAUCUCCCGCUUGCUCCAUAGAAAGGAUUUGAUGGAUUUUACCAUGACUUCGGAAGCUGCUGUUUGGGUAUCCAAAGGUGCUGAGAGUCAUGAAAAUGUCUGACAUGGGAUAAAAGCAGAGCGACAGCUUUCAAACUUGAAGUCCAUAACCUGCCAUGACCUGAGCAGUAGUAAAGAUGCCAGGGGGGGAGUACCAGGUGUCCACCAGGAGGAGGACUCUCCACAGCCGCUAUAGCCUGUCAGUCAGCUCAUUAGGUCGGCAGGAUGAGGAGGAGGAUACCCCGCCACCAUGCCUCAGCCCUCUGGAGAAGCUCACCACCAAAAUGUGUCAGGAUGAGCAGACCAUCCAGGAGCUGAUCGUGGGCCGUAGGAUUGGCUUCUACAAGGUCCGAGGUGAGAUCGGCUCUGGAACCUUCUCCCACGUCAAAAUGGCCUUCCACUCCCUCACCAAAGGCAAGGGCCACAUUGCUGACCGUGCAAAAUACAAGGUGGCCAUCAAGGUGCUGGAUAAGAUGCGGCUGGAUGUUCAGGCCCAGAGGCUGCUCUCCAGGGAGAUCUCCAGCAUGGAGGCCCUGCAGCAUGCCAAUGUGGUGCGUCUGUACGAGGUGGUGGAGUCACACAGCCGACUCUACCUGGUGCUGGAGUAUGCCGGGGGAGGGGACCUCCACACACACAUCUGCUCUGAUGGCAAGCUGUCAGAAGCCGAGGCCAAGAUCACCUUCGCACAAAUCCUAUCCGCCAUCAAACACAUGCACGACAAAAACAUAAUCCACCGGGACCUGAAGGCUGAGAAUGUACUGUACACCUGUAAUGGCUGUGUGAAGGUGGCUGACUUUGGCUUCAGCACCAGGGUCACCAACUGCAGUGACACCCUGGACACCUUUUGUGGCUCUCCCCCCUAUGCCGCGCCUGAACUCUUCAGGGACGAGUGCUAUGUGGGGCCGCCAGUGGACGUAUGGGCCAUGGGCGUCCUGCUCUUCUUCAUGGUGACUGGCACCAUGCCCUUCCGAGCCGAAACCAUGGGCAAGCUGAGGCUCGCUGUUAUAGAGGGAGUCUACACCCUCCCACCCUGGCUGCCAGGCCCAUGCCAGCGGCUGAUUCGGGGCAUCCUGAAGCCUGUGCCAGUGGAACGCUAUGCGGUGGACCAGAUGCUGGGUUGUGACUGGCUGCUCCCUGUGGAAUACCCAUGGACUGUGGUGCCACCGGUCCCCCUCAACCCUCUGCGCCUGGCGGAUGCAGAGCCUGGGGAGCUGGAUGAGGAGGAGGAGGAGAUCAGGGCCUCCCUGGAGGAGCUGGGUGUCAACAUGGAACACAUACGCAACAAUGAGGGCAAGGACAGCCGCAGCCCCAUCACCGGACUUUACCGCAUCCUCUUACACCGUGCCCAGAAAAGGCGUGGCGCUGAGACUGUGCCUGUGGUCGGAGGGUUGGUCCGGGACCCUAAAAGAGAGGGCCUCCGAGCUUACAGAAGUCUGAUGCACUCCUCCAGGUUAUGUGUCCUUCAGUAAGUGACCAGCCUGGACGUGGGUCCUUGUUAACCUGCUUUAAUCCAUUGAAAAUUCACUCAGGGUCAUACAGCUACAAAUGUUUUAUUGCACUUUGGGAUGAAAGUGAAAAUGUGUUUUGUGUGAAUGUAACACAGGAACCUCUGUAGAUUAACAGUUGUGGUAACACACAGAUACUGAAACAUUGGACUGCUGGUCAUGAUGUCUCUAACAAAGUAAAAUUGUUAUUGGUAAUCUUUUGUGAAGCUGAAAUAGAGAUGUAAAAGUGCCUGAUGAAAUAAUGAGUCCCGUCAAAAUGAAUUUAAGAAGCACCCUUUUUAGUAUAGAAGUGAUACUUAUGGGGGCCUCCCGGGUGAUGCAGUGGUGAAGGGCACUGUACUGCAGCGCCAGCUGUGCCACCAGAGACCCUGGGUUCGCGCCCAGGCUCUGUCAUAACCGGCCGCGACCGGGAGGUCCCUGGGGCAACGCACAAUUGGCCUAGCGUCGUCCGGGUU